AUGGAGAAAUUGCUUAUAUUAUUGAUAAUAUUAAAAGUAGCCUCCUCUUACAUAUACUAUGAUACUGGAAUGGUAGAUGACUUUCAAGCUUAUGUAUACUCAAGCUUCGUUUGCAAAAAUGGCUACUCCAAAAUUGCAACGAAGUCGUUUUCUAAUCAAUUUGAGAAUACUCCUUAAGUAUUUUUCGUACAUGAAUAAUUCGACUUGAACAAGGCAGAAUUGGGCUUUCAAUUGGCAAUUACAGCUAUAACUUAAACAUGUAUUGAUAAAAUCUAUUGCAAUAUGAAUAGAGUAAUCACAGUAUCAUUAAGAUGGUUUGCUAUUGACGAUUAGAGAAUUGAGGUCUACAGCAACUUCAAUAUGGCAAAUCCUGAUGAUAAAACAUUUCAAAUAAAAAAUCCUAAUGCCAAGACUGGAUUUGUUGCUAUCACAAGUUUCAACUAUACUAACACAGAAACAACCUUGUCUUAUAAUUGGAAGACCUGGUUUGAAACUGACACACCAAAUAGCCAUUCUUAAGUUUGGGUAGCAUAUUAGUUUACGAAGACUUUCAAACCUUUAGAGUGUUUUAGUAUAAGAACAAGUAGAAAGGAGGUUUUGAAUUUAGCCACCCUACCUACUUUUACUGUAGAAUUGAUUUAAACUAAUUAAAUUUACACUACCAAUGGGAAUUAUUAAUAUGUGGUUGAUAAAUCAAUCACACCACUGAAGAUGGGUAUCUAAGUGAAAUGUGAAAAUGGAAUGAAAAUCUAGGCCGAUUUUAACAAAUGCAAUUCUUGUAGUACUAAAAAGAAUCAGUCUUUUAUGUAUAAUUGCUUUAAUUAGAUGAAUUAUGUCGGAUUCUUCCCUCUCUUCUAAUAAGCAUUUCCUCAAUACAAUCUUUUGAAAAUAAACAUGUAAUCAUCCUUAUUAGAAAUAAUAAAUGUUAUUUAUGAUCAAACCUUAACUGAGUAGGUUAUUGUGAAAAUUUAAAUAUUAAAUUAAUGA